CGUCAAAAAGUCAGAAACCUGAUAAAAUAGGAGAAGCCAUUCCCCUCCAGAAGCCAGUUACUCCAAAGUUCGCCAUCACGUCGCUCCCAACGUUUUUCGGUCGAAUUCUCAGACGCUACGCGGUGCAUACCAAUCCCAGCAAGAUCAUGGUCGUCACACACAACGUAAAGGGAUACGAGGAGUUCUCCAAGAAGAUGGAGGAACUGGAGAAUGGAAACGAGGCGGUCCAUGUCCUCUUCAGCGGCGGAAAGGACGAGAAUGGACAGAGCUGGUGUCCCUACUGCGUCAAGGCGGAGCCGGUGAUACACGAUGCUUUGAAGAAGGCCCCUGGCAAUUCCCACUUUGUGCAUGUGGAUGUAGGCGAGCGGGCUUACUGGAAGGACUUGAACUGUCCCUUCCGUAAGGACCCCAACACCCAUCUGAUCUUCUUGCCCACUCUGCUGCGCUGGAAGCAGCCUCAGCGUCUGGACGGCGAACGCUGCUCCAACCAGGAUCUCGUCGAGAUGAUGUUCGAAGAUGAGGAUUAAGUCUUAGCGCCAGCAGGUUUAACAUAUACAUAAAUAUAUUUUGGAACUUUACUCAAGUUGGAAUACACAGAAGACUACACACAUUCAAUUAAAGCGUCCCUCAGUAAUUA